CUCAUCUUCUCCAUCUCUCGAUCUCUCUGCUCAGAUCUUCAUUUUCGCUUUGCGCUUUCGAUUUCCAGCUCCGUUUCCGGGAGAUCGCGGACUGGCUAGGUUUCCGAUGCGCCAGGAUCAACCACUGUAGCAUGAAAUGGAUCAUGAAGCUCAGUUGUGCAAGAAGUUUGUCAACAUGAAAUCCCAAAGGGUGAAGGCGGAAGAUUAUUUUGCUCCUGCACUGGAUGAUGAAACCGAAACUAUUGAGCACCUACUAGCAGAACCUAAAGCUGAAUUUGUUACAGUUGAUGGUGUCUUGUGUUUUGGCAAGGAGAAUGCAGAAAAUUGCUUGAACUUUGAUGACUUUUCUUCUGGAUUUGACUAUGGACUAAAUACAUUUAAUGGUGAGCGGCAUUCUGUUCAUCCCCGCGGGUUGCGUUCUGCUCAUCCUCGCCAAGGGGACUAUGAAUUAGAACUUGGAGUUCUUGAUGGGUUGCUGGAUGAAAUUGAAGAAGUGGAAGAUAUUCAUGCAACAAAUGGUCUUGCAAGUCCAUGUGAUGAUUUUCUUCUUGAUAUUGGAUUUACAGGGAAACUUUCUGAAUUGGAAUUUGGUCCUUGUGAAAAAUCAAAUUGUGGAAACACUGAAAGUCGGUCUCCAGGGUUAAGUGGUAGUAGUAAUAGUGCUGUAGGAGUUUCAGAAUCGUCAACAGUGACAAUUCAAGAAUUUGAGUGCAAAAAUCAUUCUCAUCCCAAGGAAUCACCUCAUAAGUUUCCUGGUGACUUCAGGCGGAAAAAAAGACGUCAGACACCAGUUGAAAGAACUACCUGCCCUAGUUCGUUCAGUUUACAAAACCUUGAGGAACCUUUAGUGAAUGGGUUAUUGUCAAGUGAAAAUGAGAAAUCCUCUGUUGAAGCAAACAAAGUUGGUGCCCUUAUUAAGAAGAAAAGGCUGCCUAAGACUACUCAGAGACUCGUUAAAAGGAAAGCAAAAGAUUUAGUGGAAAGUGAAAACAUCUCCCAUCUUGCUGCUACAGAGGAUCAGUGCUUGAAUGCUAGAUCUCAGAAUAAACUUCAUCCAAGACCUAGGACAUUGCCACCAGUGCCUGAGGAGGAUUCAAUUUCAGAUAAUCUGACACUGUCUGAAUUCAAGAUUCGGAUAGCACGUCCAAAGAAGCAGGCAAUUCGGACUGAAUUUCAACCCAUUACAUCUGAAUCUGAAGAUGAAAUUGUGAGAGUGACGAUACCCGAAAAGCAUGAUACAAGGAAGCAUCAACCUAUUAAAUCUAAGUCUGAAGAUGAAAAGGUGACCAUGAAGAUAUCCAAAAAGCGUGAUCAAAGGAAGCAUCAACAUAUUAAAUCCAAGUCUGAAUAUCAAACUGUGUCAAGGAGAAGAUCUACAAGGCAUAAUCGAAGGAAGCAUCAGCCUGUUGACUCUGACUCCGAAGAUGAGAUCCUGAGGAGGAAAAGAUCUAACAAGGAUGAUCGAAGGAAGCAUCAAAGGAUGUGGGAUAUCUCUGAGAUUAUGACAUUGGUUGAUGGUAUUUCUGAGUAUGGAGUUGCACAAUGGACACGCAUAAAGAGGCUUCUAUUUACUAAUGCUUAUCGUACGCCUAUAGAUCUCAGGGACAAAUGGAGAAAUCUUCUGAGUAACUGCUGUCACAGGAAACUGAAGAAAGAGCUUGAUGAAAAGGAGGAGAAUGACAUGGAUCUACCGAAGUCACUGAUAUACCGAGUGCGUGAGCUGGCAAAGAAACAUCCAUAUCCAAGGCAGCGUGGUAAAAAGUGUUCCCCUGCCAUACUCCCUGUUGAAAGCAAAGGUGCUUCAUCUGACCUCAUCAUAAAGUAUGUGAGAAGGAAGAACCGUUCUUGAAGUUCAUUGCUGCAGCAACUUGAUAGUCAGGACUGUACUUUACUUGUAAAAAGUCUCUGUUGUUAUUAACAAGCUUUUCUCAUUAACAUCCUGUUCUUGGAUCUCUGGAAAAUGUGAUUGCUGAAUUCAGGCUGUCAGCUACAGUGGGCUGUAUUUCUCUUUUGUAAUGAGAUUAUCAGAUAUUAUGUCAGACGAGAGGAGUUUUAUAUGGCAUUAAUGCAUAUCUUUUGUAGGAAUUUACUUAUGGGUAACUUACAAACAUUGUUGCUGGACAAACUUGUAAAUGCGUACAUUUUAUAGGUGUGAUCAGCUGUUAGUUGUCUUACCCUAAAUCUAGUUACUAUUUGUCGAUUGUUAUCGUCUUCUAUGUUGGGAAUGAUCGAGAGGCUCGAAAGGCGCAUGAAGCCUUGUGUUUUCAGAAUACGACACUGAGCGCCUCAUCGAUGCGAUGGAGGUUUUG